AUGAUACCUCGGCGGGCCUUGAAGCCAUAUCUGGCUGAGUUCCUUGGGACAGCCCUGCUCAUUGUGAUUGGGGAUGGAGUUGUCGCCCAAUGCCUGUUGUCCGACUACCAGUACGGCACCUGGUUGUCCAUCAACAUCGCCUGGGCAGCUGCGGUCUGCCUCUCCAGCUACUUGGCUGAUCCCAGUCCGACCAUCAACCCGGCCGUGACUAUCUGCACGGCUCUCUUCCUCGGGGGAUUUGUCGGCGCUGCCUUGGUGUAUGUGAACUAUCGGUCGGCUAUCAAUGCUUGGGAUCCCGAGUAUACCAUUCCCGGCGGAUCGAUCCUGAGUCCCACCGGUCACCACUCAGCAGGCAUCUUCUCGACUUACCCAGCUGCGGUAUUCGCGUCGAAUUGGGAGGCGGUUUUCUCUGAGGUGCUGGGCUCAGCUGUGUUGAUGUUUGGCUGUCUCAGUAUUUCGGAUCCAGCAAAUACCCAGCGCUUCUCUUCUCCGCAUCUCUCGCUCUUUCUGCUCCUGCUUAUGAUCGGUGCGGCAUUGGGUUGGCAGACUGGCUACGCUCUUAAUCCUGCGAGAGAUUUUGGUCCGAGGAUUUUCUCUGCUAUUAUUUACGGCUCGGAAGUGUUCACGGCGGCCAAUUACUAUUUCGUUGUUCCCCUUUUCGCCCCAAUUCUUGGCUGUGUUAUUGGCGCGAUGACCUAUGACGGAAUUCUCUUUGAGGGUGAGGGAUCGCGCAUUGCUGAUGCGCUGGACAAAGCUGAGGCUCACGGGUCUCUCCGAUUGGACUGA